AUGGAGUCUCAACACUCAGAGCCUGCUGAUACGAAUGACGGCUAUCGUCGCAACUUCGAUGAGGCUCAUCGACAACUCGCGGCCGCCAUGAUUCACCUCUCUAAAAUGCCCAAAACCACGCCAGAUGGCCUCGAUCCAGAAUUCGCGGCGUCGAGACUCGUCAGUCUAGAGAUCGACGCUCGGAAACACGGUCAAGUCGCCUCUCCCCUCCCACCCUGGCUGGUAUUUCACUUGGGACACAUUUAUUUCAGAUCACUCGACAUACAUUUACAAGCCGAUCAUUGGACAGACGAAGUGAGAUGCGACUAUUUUGAAUCGAGCCAACAGUUUGUCCUGCGAUGGAAUUCCAAACCUCAUGAGCUGCUGGAAGAUUUGCCCAAGAGAUCUGCUAUUGCGGUUACGUCGCGGUUAAAAUCUAUCAGUGAUAUUUUCUCCAACCGACAUGAUCCAGACAUUGCACUUGGACAUCCCUCCGCUAGAUAUCCGGGUGUAAUUAUCGAAGUUGCAGGAUCUGAAAAGGGGAAUGCGUUGGAACAACUCGCAAACGAAUACCUGUGUCACUCUGGUGGACAGAUUCGCCUCAUGGUUGGCAUCAAGACGGAAUUUUCUGACGAGAAGGGAAACAAGAGUAAGAAGGCGAGAUUUUCUGUCUGGAAGCCGCUGUCGACUACUCAAGAUGGGACGCAAUCGAUUCAUGCAGUCUGCACUGCCAGUGAGGUGAUGUUUCGGAAUGAGGAAGGUGUUCCCAAUCUAGACGCCGAGUUGAGGUUCUCCCUGAGCGACUUCGCGGCUCCAGCCGUUAUCAAGCGUUCCGACCUUUCGUCAACCACACUAUCCCCAUCACUGCCGCUGAGCUUUGUGCGUGUCUCAAGAAAUCAGAAAAGUUCGAGACCACCACGGAUUGAACUAGAAGAACCAUGA